UGAAUGCGUCUUCUUUUGGCUGCUUCAUAAAACUUUCCUUUUUCCUUUCUUCGCUUAUUUCCUGUCGACGUGACGUCAUCAACACGAGACGAGGAGAACCAUCGGCGUCAUUUUGGAGAGACAUUUGUUUACAUCAUGGCGUCGGUGGAUUUCAGAGACAACCUUCUGGGGAUCUCCUGGGUCGACAGUAGCUGGGUCCCGAUCCUCAACCCCGGGAAUGUUCUGGACUACUUUUCUGAGAGGAGUAACCCGUUCUACGAGCGAAGCUGCAAUAAUGAGGUGGUGAAGAUGCAGCGACUGUCACUGGAGCAUCUGAAUCAGAUGGUGGGAGUCGAGUACAUCCUCCUUCACGCUCAGGAGCCCAUUCUCUACAUAAUCCGCAAACAACAGAGACAGUCUCCGACACAAGUGGUACCACUGGCUGAUUUCUACAUCAUAGCUGGAGUUGUUUAUCAGGCUCCUGAUCUGGGAACGGUCAUCAGCUCCAGAGUGCUGUCUGCUGUCCAUGGAAUCCAGUCUGCGUUUGAUGAGGCCAUGUCGUACUGCCGCUAUCAUCCGUCCAAGGGAUACUGGUGGCACUUUAAAGACCAAGACGAGAGAGAAAAAGCCAAACCAAAGUCCAAGAAAAAAGAGGAGCUGAGUUCUUUGUUUCAGAGGCACCGCGUGGACACUCUCCUGAUGGACCUCAGGUCCAAAUUUCCACCAACUUUCUACCAGCCCAAGCCUGGAGACAAACCCAUUCCAGUCGAGGUGAAGAAGGAGCCUGAAGCUCCGGCAGAAGCUGUGAAGCAGGAGGAGAGGGAGCCGGCUGCCAAGACCGCAGCCCCCGCUCCUUCAAGUAAACCCCCUCCAGAGAAGAGAGCCAGGCUCCAGUGACAGCCGGCCUCCUCACCUGAGGGACUUUUGGAGUCCCCGCCCCCAACACCUGCAGCAGUUUUUGAUUCAAACUGAACUCUGGGUUCUGUCUGCUGUCACCGUGGAAAAGGAGUCUCUGACGCCGUCUGAGUCACCGAGCUGUUUUUGAUGGACUGUAAAGAGGCCUCCUCAUGAAGCAGGAUCGCUCCUGAAUGCUCCAACAAACUAAAACGCUUUUGUUAUAAAAUGUUAAAAAAGGAUUUGGUUCAAGUUGUGAGUCUUGUUUUUCUAAAGGUCAAUUGUUAUGCACAUUUUUUUUUUUUGAAAGUGGGAUUUUUUUAUUUUAUUUGGUACAUUAACCCGGUCAACAAGGCCGAAUGGGCCCCAUAUGGUUUAUAAAUGGCAGGAAAUGUGUUGCUAGCAUAGCAAACCCACCCACUGAGUGCCUAAUGUGGGCAAACGCAGGUGGGGGGGGGCACAUUUUCUCCCCACUUUGAAACCAUACGGGGCCCAACCGGCUUUGCUGGCUGAGUUGUGGUUUUCCUUAUUGUUUAUUCUUUUCAAAUAUUCAAAUUGAUCCAUUUUCUUUAAUUAAAAGUGAAUACAAUAUCUUUGUUAGUUCCUUGGAUGAUGAAUACUACAUGGAAACAUGCAGAUUAAUUUAUAGGAACAGUUUUUUUGUUUGCAGCAAAUGUGUCAAAGAUUGAAAAAUGUCUAAGAAUUGAAACAUUCUUAUAAACUCUGAAGCAGAAGACAUAUAGACAUAUUCUAAUACCGUUUUACUUAUAUACUCAAAAACAUUGUUUUUGAGAUGGUUAAAACAAUAUUUUUCUGUAACCUCAUUUUGACUGUCAUGCUCAAGAAGGCCAGCAGAUGUCG